CACUUCAUUUGCUGCAACCUCUCAUGUGCACCUAAUUAAGAAACUUAGAGAAAAAGAAGUGACGAAAUGAGAACAUAUUGGUCCUUCAGAAAGAACUCCAUGGAGAGAAACCAUUCUUUGCAGCACCAUCCCAAGGCCUUCCAUGUAUUCGGACCUCGCCACAUUUCUUCUCCUAGAUGGAGAGAACUCAUCAGCUCCAGUUGGAAGGAUGAAAGCUACAAAAGAAUAGUGAUGGCCUGCUUUGUACAAUCAGUAUACUUGCUCGAACUUGACAGAAAAGAACAUAGGAGCACAGGAACUGGCCUUGCGCCACAGUGGUGGACACCCUUUAAGUACAAACUAGUUGAACCCCUUGUAGAUGAAAGAGAUGGCUCUAUAUUUGCUGCAGUUUUGGAGUGGGAUCAAGCGACCCUGGCUGAUUUUAUACCAAUAAGACCAACUGGUGCACCAAAAGUUGUAUUAGCCAUCAGAGGAACACUCUUGAAGAACUCCACAAUAAGGAGAGAUAUCGAGGAUGAUCUCCGUUACUUAGCGUGGGAAAGUCUCAAGGGAUCCUUCAGAUUUGACAGGGUCUUAUGUGCGCUAAGAUCAAUCAUUAACCUGCAAGGGAGCAAAAAUGUGUCGAUCACAGGGCACUCGUUAGGAGCUGGUUUUGCUAUCGAGGUAUACAAGGCAUUAGCUGAAGAAGGAACCUAUGUAGAAGCACAUCUUUUCAAUCCACCAUCUGUUUCAUUGGCCAUGAGUUUGAGAAUCUUGAGUGGAAAAGCUGGAUUUGUGUGGAAAAGGUUCAAAUCAAUGCUUCCUUCUAACUCUGAGAAUCAAAGCAAGACAGAACGAGCUAGCAGACCUCAUCUUUCUGAAAAGGAGAAAACUCUCUAUCUUAAAGACACAGACAAACUUUGCUGUUAA